AUGGAGGAUCAGAGGAACCUUAGUGUUUAUAGCCUUGAAGGCGGCAGGACGGUUAGAUACGGCAUUAAGGCAUACGAAAUAUUUGCCUUAAAUACAGAAGUUGCUGAAUACCACAGUAAGGAAGUUGCAGUGGAAUUGCAUAUAAUUGCAGCGCGUUCCACUCAAAUAUUCCAAUCGCAAGCUUUAGCUCCGAGGGCAGAGGAGCUUGUACAGCCCCCGAGACGAAGCAGCAUGGAGCAACCCGGAGCGGCCAAAGGCUGUCACCCUGAACUUGUCAAGUGGCUACUUGAACAUUUUUACGUUUGUGAAGGCUGGAGCAUUCCUCGUGGUCUUAUUUAUCAGUUUUACCUGGAAUAUUGUAACCACAAUAGAUUAACUCCAAUAAAUGCAGCUACUUUUGGGAAGUUUGCUGUGGUUGCAGAUUUAUAUUAUAACCACUGCCAAGAAAUCCUGCAGCAUAUUAGAAGCAAUGAACUUGACAAGGUCAGAAAUCUCCUUUUGUUGUUCUGGGAGUCAUUCACAUACAAUGCUAUUGCUACAUCUUUCCCAGAUAUAUGCCAGCUUUUCUGCUCUUAUGACGCACAACUGUACAAGAUGAUUGAAGAAAUUCUUCUCCGUGAUUUUCUUGGUGACUUUUCUGUGCAGCAUCUUCAGAGUGCCAGAUACUUUGCCAAAAAGUUUAAAAGUUGGCUAAUUGAAGCACUGGAGGGCAUACCUUUGCUACUACAAUCAAUGAAAAUGAGAGCAGCAAAUAUGUUUGUCAAUAGACUGAGAAGAAGAACUUGUAUUUGUAAUCUAGCAAAGAGCAUGCAUAUAGUUUUGAAUAAUCAUAGAAUGAUCAGCACCCUAAGAACUGACCUGCGUGCUAUUAUAAGUCAGGGACUGUUGAAUAUCCCCAGCAAAUCCACAAAAUCAUUCAACUGUUCACUGGACGAAAUAGGCUGUAGUUUUGAAUGGAAAUGUUUUGACAGUUUGUUAGCUUUGCUGGAUACUGCAGCAGAUAUUAGAGCUUACUUUCAGUGUGUGUCAACCCUUGUGCAUCUCUUUGUGUUUCAGCCCAGUAACUUCAGAGGAGAAGAGUUCACACAACUAGCAGCAAAUUUCCAGCUGAGAUGGAACUACUUCCUGUCUGCAAUAAGUCGUGCUUUAACACUGUCAAAUGCAGAAUCAUUUGGAUCUUGGCACUUGGUGAAUCUUCUCAUUUCUGAGUACUUAACUCAUGUACUUCAGUCUUACAUGGAAGAGGAAAUGGAAAAAUCAGUAUCAGAAAGCAUGGAUCAACUUCCACAUGAUACAAUUCAGGAACCAGACUUAGAAACCAUUCUCAAAAAGUAUUCCGUCCCAUCAGAACCUCUUAAUGUAAAGUCUGAACAAACAGGUGACAAAGAUCUUAAUCUGCAAAAUAUCACCAUCAAACCUUUGGGCUUUAAAGUUGAUACAUUGACUGGCAACAAGUUAAUUCAGGUGUUGGUUGAAGAUGAGCCAAGUAAGAGUACUCUCAAACUGAAUCUGUCAUUAGGGAAGAAAGCAGUUGUUACCUUAAAGAAUGGCCAGACAUUUGAAAUCCACACUUCCAAGAUGCAGCAACAUGUAGCUGGUGAUGUGCAAACAACUUUGUUGGCACCAAGUGGUUAUGACCGGCUCAGGCCAGUUCCUAGGUCUGGGUUAUCCUAA